GGCGCGCGCUCUCUCUGCGAACAAACGCAAGCCAGUCUCUCAAUGUACAGCACUCUGUCACGAUAUUCUUCAAGAAACUUUUGUUUUGAAAUCGUGUCCUUUGAGCUUAUCGUAAAUGCUUGUGUACAGUGCAUGUUGACUGUUGGAUGAUUUAAAAUGAAGUUCGUGCUCGGAGGUUACGUGCACUUAUGUGCAGGAAUUAUUAGUCUCAUUACCUCUCAAUUGGCGUAUGGAAGCCCGUCGAGGUUCAGCCUAUUCCAGGGCAACCCCUAUUCCAGCUCGGUUUCACGUCAAAGGAACAAAAACUGGUGCGCUUUCGUUGUCCAUAAGAACGUGACGUGCUCUGUGUUGGCGACGACUGAACGCGUCGUGGAGCCUCAGCUCGCGCCCUGUCCGCAGCAUCAGCCGGACUGCGCGCAUCGGGUGAUGUAUCAUACUCACCUGAAACCCAUGUACAAAGUAGGUUACAAACAAGUGACUGAGCUGGAAUGGAGAUGUUGUCCAGGCUACCAAGGUCAUGACUGUACAGAGCUGAAAGAUGCCCCACCAAAACCUCAUGUUCUAGAAGAACCACACCAAACUCUCCCAUCCAUUAACAGACAUCAACAGAGCAUGCUGGGACCAGAGGUCUUCUCUGGAGCACAUCCAUGGUCACAUCCUGGGCAAAGCGGACAAAGAGGGCAUCCUUUGAUGCAAACAGGUGAGAUUAGCAGUGAAGGGGAAGUUCCUGGAGAUCGUGAAAGUCAUCGAGUUCAGACGUUAGAAGAAGAAGUGGAGCGUCUUUCUCAAACAGUCCUCGACCUGCAAGCUGCCAUGACAUCAGCCAAUGCAAACCUGCGCUUGGAUUUACAGGAAGAUGCUAGCAAGAUCAUUUUUAACAUGUUGGGGAACCUGCGACAGCCACAGGAUGUCAAGACAGGCAGAACUGAGACCAUCCUGCUCCCAUCUGACCUCCGUGUCUCACCAGUGGCUAAUGAGCUACAGAACCAGAUCACCCAGCUCUCCAACACAAUCAGUACCAAUACCAACAGCAUCCAAGAUUUGCAUGUUAUGAUCCAGAACAUUGAUGGACAGCUGCAUCGACUAACAGAGGCAACCAGUCCUGGCCAACUGCAACCUUCAUCCACACCUUCAACUAAUGAGUGUACAUGCCAGACAUAUGUAGAUGCAAGGCUCUCUGCUCUCCGUAAGGAACUUCUUGAAGGUAUGGACAUCAAAAUAGCUGACCUAAAGAAUGCGUGUGACUACAAGGUACUGUCGGUUCAGGAACAGUGUGAGGAGCAAGAGACUUCCUACUUAAGCUUGGCAGAACUCCUUGACUCCAAAGAGGCUGAACUCCACAAGGAGAUCCAAGAUUUGCGUCUCCUCAUUCCAAGUGAAAUGUCCUCAGGGUUGGACAACACUGAGGUCCAGAAGCUAAGAGACAUGCAGCAUCUGCUGACUGAUGCCAUUAGGCUACAGAAUUCCACCCUUGCAGAAAUUGAAGCACAAGGACAGGUUAUGGAAGCAAGGGUUAGUCUUGCAGAAAAGAGUGCAGAGGUACAGUGCCUCUAUCUUGAGGAGAAGUUGAGAAGGGAGAGAAUUAAGGAAGUGGAGGAACAAAACAUAGCUUUUGAAGAAAAGAUCAAUGCUGUUCAACAUCACAACAGCAGUUCACAGAUACUGACUGAACUGUUAGAUCAUGACCAGCGCCUGGAAGUCUUAGAAAAACACACAAAGAGCUUGCAGGAUGAGGUGGGAUCUCUUGCACAGCAUAUCAAGAUUGUGGAGAACUUUGUCCCAGACCUCAAUCAGUCAGUAACUCCUCAUAGUCACAAUGGGAGUCUGCUGCAACGGGUGGAAAAGCUGGAGAUGGUUUGUGGGCGAAACCAAGUGCAAGUGACCACCAUAAAUGGCUUGCUCAAUGGGCUUGAUGGACGGAUGGCUGGCAUUGAGGGUGUUUGCGGCCGGUUUGAACCAAUGUCAGACAGUCUCAAACGGAUAAAAGAUGGACUCAAUAAACAUGUUAAUGGCUUGUGGACUUGUGUUCGACAACUCAACAGCACAGUAAACACACAUACAAGGGACAUCAACAUGUUUAAAGUGAACUCUUCACACUCUUCAAAAGAGAGACAGGAUGGGAUUGCAAGAACACCUCAAUAUACAGGUGUUCAUGAAGGUACCAAGGCAGUAAAUGUUCCCACUGAGGGAGAUCUGGCCAUCCCAGUGCUGCCCAUCAUGAUGUCAGGAGAAGCGGGGCCUCCGGGAACCAAACUGUCAUCACAGACCCCUCAAGGGACCAAUGGGAGCUGGACGCCUGUCACAGGCAAUGCAGGAGUACCAGGAGAAGGACGAUUAAUAACACAUGUGUCUUUUUCGACUGGUUUGACGUUGGUGCCGUUUCCUGGACAAAUUGGUAUCAUCCGAUUCAACAAUGUUCUGUUGAAUGAUGGAGGACAUUACGAUCCUCAAACAGGUGUGUUCACUGUGCCUAUGGAUGGGCGGUACUUGCUCAGCGCUGUGCUAACUGCUCAGACGGGAGAGCGAGUGGAGGCCUUUCUCUCUGUAGCCAAUCGAAACAUUCAGAAGCUUUACACAGCUGGAGUGGGGGGUGGAGCCACCGAGGGGUGUGUCUGUGGAGGCUCCGCCUUUAUAAGUCUCGCACUUAAUUUAAAGCGGGGUCAGAGGGUAGGGCUUGAGCUGACAGCAGGGAAACUCGCAAUUUCAUCAUCCAGUGAAAUUCUGUCUUCAUUCAGUGGCGUGCUGCUUUACCCGACAGUAGCCAAACGAUAACCCACUAGAGUUAGGGAUGAGUUACAUUCAUAUACAGAGGGGGCUAAAAGUCUGAGUCCACAUUGAAAAUCUGGGAUGCAAAAUCUAAUUUAAACCUGUAAAUAAACAAAGUAUGUUAACUCCUUUGUUAAGAUUACUGUGAGAUUUCUUUGCUUCAGUUGAAGCACAAAAGAUAUUCUUUGGAACAUUGUCAAAUCACGGAUAACAUGAUCAUCAGGUUUUGUGCACGCCGUUAUUAAAGCAAAAGGUGGAUAUACCAAAUACUGACAUUCUCAAAUUCAUAAAUAAUAUCAUUUGUAAUGAAAAGGAUUGUAUACAUUUUGAAAAAUGCAAAAUAGCAGCAUUUUCAUUAGUGGUCUCAGACGUUUUGAUCUCACUGUCAUAUCCAGAAAUGAGCGGCUCAAGGGGCUAUAAAGAAAAUUAAAUAUUAGACACCAGAAUAAAAUGCUUCGGAAAAGAAUGAAGAUCCAUUUAUAAACAAAAACUAUAAUGUUUAUAUAUACUGUAUAUAUAUAUAUAUAUAUAUACUAAAUCCAAACCCAAGAUUGAUUCCACCAGGAUUGUGAUCCAUUUAGCAUAAAUAAUAGAAUUAUAAACAGUGUUUUUUUAUGUAUAUUAUAUAAAUAUUACAAGGUAAAGUAAAAGUAAUGUGGGAUGACCUUUAGGACAUAUUCUGCCAGACAUUCAAAAAUUAUUAAAUCUCUCAUAGCUUUAAAAGACUUUUAAUCUGGAACAACUUCAGUCCACCACGGCCAUGAAAACAAACAUAAAAUGUGUGCAAUAAAAUUAUAAACUAUUAUAAACUGUAAAUCUCACUGAACACCAAAUAACAUGCCAUGCUUUUUCUUAAAAACAGGGUCACGGGGGGCCUGGGUAGCUCAGUGAGUAUUGACGCUGAUUACCACCCCUGGAGUCGCAAGUUCAAAUCCAGGGUGUGCUGAGUGACUCCAGCCAGGUCUCCUAAGCAACAAAAUUGGCCCGGUUGCUAGGGAGGUUAGAGUCACAUGGGGUAACCUCCUCGUGGUUGCUAUAAUGUGGUUCACUCUCGGUGGGGCGUGUGGUGAGCUGUGCGUGGAUGCCGCAGAGAAUAGCGUGAAGCCUCCACACGUGCUCCGUGGUAACACGCUCACAACAAGCCACGUGAUAAGACGAGCGGAUCGAGUCACUAUGCCACCACGAGGACUUAGAGCGCAUUGGGAAUUGGGCAUUCCAAAUUGGGGAAAAAGGGGUACGCAUGCACCUAAUUUAGAGUAGCUUUAGAACAAUUUAGCACUCUGACGCUUUAAAAACACUUUCAGAUUGUCAUUUUUUUUUUCAUGUGCUUGACUUCUGACUGCUGUAAUUCUACAUAUGAAAGCUAGUCAACAUUAGUCUCUUUUCCCUAAUUACAUAAUGCUUAAUGACUUUUAGCAUGUGUUUAGAUGUCACAUUCAUGAAAGACGUUUUGUUUAAAGGACAUACUGUAUAUCUGGUCAAUGGCACAGUCAUUUGUACAUAAGACUACUGUACACAGAAGGCGUUUCUGUUAACAUUAAAAUAGCUGCCCUUCUUUGAAUCCAACAAUCUAUAAAUGGGUUAUUUUUUAUUUUAAUUUUGACCAACAGUAACAUUAUAUAAAUAACCCAAAUCUGGGUAUUUUGUCAAUUGUUUUUUUAUUAAGGAAAAUGGGACAUGAAACUAGUUUUAUAUUUGAAUAAUUAAAAAAAAAUAUAUGUUUUACAUUUUUAUUGCUACCAUCUUCACAAUGUUAUAUCUUCUGUGCAGAAUAAACCAGCUAAGGCAUUUAUAACUGAUAAAAGUUACACACUGCAACAAAGAAGCGAAUCAGAAUGUGAGAACUUCUGCAGGGCUGUAUGUGCAAACUUUCUUAAAAAAAUAAAAUGAUU